AUGUUAGAAUUAAAGCCUACGUUUGUAAACGCCCCACUAAUGAGGAGGCUCGCCAAAGACCUACAAUUUUGGUUUUGCACGUAUGCAACUUUACGAUUUUCUAUACUUAAGAUUCGCAGGAUUCCGGCAUUAUUUUUAUCGAGCGAUAAAGACACGUUGGUGCCAAAAGAUCAAAUGAAAAAAUUGUAUGACCUAUUGGACACUAAAGGUGGUAAAACCUGGAGAAGUUUUCCAGAUGGAGAACACGCAGAUACCAUUAAUCAGCACGGGUAUUUUGAAACAAUUGAUGAAUUUCUGAGAUGGUCCGUAGCCAAGGAUGAAGUUAUGGAGGAACAAUUAAUUUAG